AUGCUAUCUGCUCUUUUUCAUGUUCUUGCUCUAAUUCUCAAUGAAGAUGCAGCAGCAAGAGAAGUUGCUUCGCAGAGUGGUUUGGUUAAAGUUGCUUUGGAUCUUCUUUCAUGUUGGAAUUUUGGGUCAUGUGGAAAGGAGACAUCUCAAGUUCCUAAAUGGGUGACAGCAGCUUUUGUUGCAAUUGAUCGUCUUGCUCAAGUGGAUCAAAAAUUAAAUGCCGAUAUCUUAGAGCUGUUGAAAAAGGAUGAUACUGGUAGCCAUAAAUCUCUAGUAAUCAACGAGGAUAAGCAAAACAAGUUGCAGUCAACUUUGGGUCUAUCUUUGAAAUAUAUCAAUAUACAGGAGCAGAAGAGACUUGUUGAGAUCGCUUGUGGUUGUAUCAGUAACCAGCUUCCAUCUGAAACAAUGCAGGCUGUUCUGCAACUGUGUUCUACGCUUACGAGGACUCAUUCUGUUGCUCUAAGUUUUUUUGAUGCUGGGGGUUUGCCUUUGCUGCUUUCCUUGCCAACAAGUAGCCUGUUUGCUGGAUUUGACAAUGUUGCUGCUACCAUAAUUCGCCAUAUCCUCGAAGAUCCCCAGACUCUCCAGCAAGCAAUGGAAUCUGAGAUACGGCACAGUGUUGUGACUGCUGCUAAUCGGCAGAGCAACGGACGGCUUACACCCCGGAAUUUUCUCUCAACUUUAACUUCUGUCAUUUCACGGGAUCCAGUGAGUUUCAUGCAGGCUGCUCAGUCUGUGUGCCAAGUUGAGAUGGUGGGUGAAAGGCCAUACAUUGUCUUGCUGAAAGAUCGUGAUAGGGAUAAAUUUAAAGAAAAAGAAAAGGAGAAAGAGAAAGCAGAGGAGAAAGAUAAGCCACAGGCUAACGAUGGGAAGAUUGUUUUGGGUAGUAUGAGCUCAUUGGCUCCUGCAAGUGGGCAUGGAAAACAUGUUGAUGCAAAUUCCAAGAAUGUCAAAGUAAAUAGAAAACCUCCUCAAAGUUACAUAAGUGUGAUCGAGCUUCUGUUGGAUUCAGUGAUAACUUUUCUACCUCCAUUGAAAGAUGAUAGUGUUGGCAUGGAUGGCUCAUCAACGGAGAUGGAUGUUGAUGAUUCUGUGUGCAAGGGGAAAGGAAAAUCUAUUGACUCUGUAUCUGGAGAGAAUGACGCCAAUAACCAGGAAUCUUCGGCAUCUUUGGCGAAGAUGGUAUUUAUAUUGAAGCUCUUGACUGAAAUUCUCUUGAUGUAUGCUUCAUCUGCUCAUGUUCUCCUCCGAAAAGAUGCUGAAGUUAGCAGUUGCAGGAGCCCUCCACAGUGUGGUCAUGCAGAUUACUGCCCUAGUGGAAUAUUUCACCAUAUUCUUCACAAAUUUCUUCCAUAUUCCAAGAAUUCUAGAAAGGACAAGAAAACAGAUAUUGACUGGAGGCAUAAACUGGCAAGCAGGGCUGGCCAGUUUUUGAUGGCGUCUUGUGUUCGUUCCACUGAGGCAAGGAGGAGAGUUUUCACAGAGAUCAGUAAUAUCUUUAAUGAUUUUGUUGAUUCUUCUGAAGGCUUUAGACCUCCAGGAAGUGGUAUCCAGGCUUAUAUUGAUCUGCUCAAUGAUGUAAUGACUGCUCGCUCAUCCACAGGUUCAUAUAUAUCCGCAGAAGCUUCUGUUACUUUCAUAGAUGUUGGUCUGGUUCGAUCGUUGACUCGAACUCUUCAUGGGUUGGACCUGGAUCAUGCUGACUCACCCAAGGUUGUUACAGGACUUGUAAAGGUUCUGGAGUUGGUGACCAAGGAACAUGUCCAUGCUGCCGAAUCUAAUACUGGGAAGGGUGAGAAUUCAUCUAAACCUUCUGAUCAUAUUCAACGUGGAGGAGCAGAUAAUAGUGGUAAUAUAUUGCAGUCCAUGGAAACUACGACUCAACCUAAUUUGAAUUCAAUGCCAACUGAUCAGAUCGAGUCUUUUAGUAGUGUACAAAACUAUGGUGGAUCUGAAGCUGUCACGGAUGAUAUGGAACAUGACCAAGAUAUUGAUGGGGGUUUUGCUCCUCCCAGUGAAGAUGAUUAUAUGCAUGAAACUUCUGAGGAUACCAGGGGUCUUGAAAAUGGACUUGACACUAUGGGGAUAAGGUUUGAAAUACAGCCCAAUGUACAAGAGAAUCUCGAUGAAGAUGAUGAUGAUAUGUCUGGAGAUGAAGGAGAUGGAGAUGAAGAUGAAGAUGGAGAUGAUGAGGAACAUAAUGACCUGGAAGAAGAUGAAGUCCAUCACCUAGCGCAUCCAGGCAUGGAUCAAGAUGAUCAUGAAAUUGAUGAUGAGUUUGACGAGGAGGUGAUGGAGGAAGAGGAUGAAGAUGAGGAAGAUGAUGAGGAUGGCGUUAUUCUUAGGCUUGGGGAGGGAAUGAACGGGAUAAAUGUGUUUGACCAUUUCGAGGUACUCGGUAGAGGUCAUAAUUUUUCCAGUGAAACUUUCCAUGUGAUGCCCGUCGAGGUUGAGGUUUUUGGCUCCAGACGCCAAGGGCGUACUACAUCCAUAUACAACCUGCUGGGGAGAAGUGGUGACAAUGCUGCACCCUUGCAGCAUCCACUUUUAGUGGAACCUUCUUCCUCAAUGCACACGGUUCCUUCCAGACAAUCAGAGAACACCCGUGCUGUUUACUCGGAUAGGCGCUUGGAAAACUCCUCAUCACGAUUGGAUUCGAUUUUCCGGUCACUGGGAAAUGGGCGUCAUGGACACCGAUCCAACUUGUGGGCCAACGAUAACCAGCAAAGUGCUGGAUCAAAUGCAUCUGCAAUUCCACAGGGCCUUGAAGAGUUACUUGUUUCCCAUUUGAGGCGACCAACCCCUGAGAAACCCUUGGAUCAGAACACAAUGGUGGAAUCUCAGAGUAAAAGUGAGGUCGCCCAGCUCCACGAAUCAGCAGAGAUGAUAUCUGAAAACCCUGCUGAAAACAAUGGCGGCAGUGGCGGAAGUUCUAUACCACCUCCAUCUUCAGGAGUACUGGAUAGCUCUGGCAAUGCUGGUAUCAGAUCCCUGGCAAGCCCAUCUCUUCAUGGAACAGAUGCAUCAACUACUGAGCUUCAAUCUGUUGAGUUGCAGCUUGAACAUAAUGUUAAUGUCAUGCGGGAUGUUGAAGCGGUGAGCCAAGAAAGUAGUGGAAGUGGGGCAACUUUAGGGGAGAGCCUUCGGAGUCUGGAUGUUGAAAUUGGAAGUGCUGAUGGUCAUGAUGAUGGUGGGGACAGGCAAGGAUCUGCUGAUACUCGAACUAGAAGAACAAAUGCAUUAUUUGGGAAUAAUACACCAAUAACUGGUAGAGAUGCAUCCCUUCACAGUGUAAUGGAAGUUGCGGAAAGUCCUAGUCAAGAAGCAGAGCAGGGUGGUCCAGCUGAGGAGCAUCAGGAUACUGUUGAUGCUGAUCAUGGGUCGAUUGACCCUGCAUUUCUAGAUGCACUUCCUGAGGAGUUGCGUGCUGAGGUUCUUUCAGCUCAACAGGGUCAAGGGGCACAGCCUUCAAAUGCUGGACCACAAAAUACGGGAGAUAUUGAUCCGGAAUUUCUUGCAGCACUUCCCCCAGACAUCCGGGAAGAAGUUUUAGCUCAACAAAGGGCACAAAGGCUACAUCAGUCACAGGAACUGGAGGGUCAACCUGUUGAAAUGGACACCGUCUCAAUAAUUGCUACAUUUCCUUCAGAUUUAAGAGAAGAGGUUCUCUUGACAUCGUCUGAUGCUAUUCUUGCCAAUCUCACGCCUGCCCUUGUUGCGGAGGCAAACAUGUUACGUGAACGGGUUGCUCGUCGUUAUAAUCGAUCGCUCUUUGGUAUGUUCCCAAGAAACCGUAGGGGUGAGCCUUCUAGGCGAGGUGAAGGUCUGGACCAAGCUGGUGGAAUUAUUGCCCGUAGAUCCAUGGGAAGUAAGCCAACUGAAGCUGAUGGGGCCCCUCUGGUUGACACUGAAGAUCUAAAAGCAAUGAUUCGGUUGCUUCGAGUGGUUCAGCCGCUUUAUAAAGGUCAGCUGCAGAGGCUUCUCUUGAAUCUUUGUGCUCAUAUUGAAACCAGAACUGCCCUGAUAAAAAUUCUGAUGGACUUAUUGAUGCUUGAUAUGAGAAAGUCUUCCAAUCAUUUGAAUGCUUCUGAGCCAUCAUAUAGGCUGUAUGCUUGCCAAAGUCAUGUGAUGUAUUCUCGUCCUCAAUUUUUUGACGGUAUGGCCACUUUUCAUAUCUCUCAUUGCUUAGUGUGCAAGUGUUAUUUGCCUAUUGUCAUUGCGUCUUGACUUCGAAAUGUAGUUAAAGUAGAGACGUGAACCCAGUUUUGUCAUGUGCCAUUAACAACUAUUUUUAUUUUUAUUCUUUUGCUCAUUAUUUUGAUAGCUGUCUGUACAAGUUAGAACUUUUUCUUCUGGAGGUGAAACAUGAGUUUUUCAAGGUGGUGAUACUGAGAAUUGCUAAGCCCCAACCCAAGUAGUUGUAGACUUGUGCUCUGGGGCAGGGCUUAGAAUGCCUUGGUGUUUUUGUAUUAGUGUUUUUUAACUAUUUGAAUUAAUAUAGUCCUGGAACAGCCUGGAAUUUAUCUGAUCCCAACCUUAGUUACUGCGCACUGGGAGUUGUAACUCAUUCUAGAAGUUACACACUACAUGGUAGGAUCUGCCUCUUUUUAAGCUAGUUAAAAAUAGAUUAAUAAAACUACUAUGGUGUCUAAGGGCUACAACUUCUUUCCAUAUUACAGACACAGGACACUUAUGGUUAUUAAUAGGGUAAAAUUUCAUCCACACCCAUUGUAGAUAACCCUAUCUUUAAAGGACCGCAUCAAUUAUCUGAAAUUUCAUCGACACCCCUUGCAGUUUUUUUCCCCUAACACUAGUGACAAAAGCUAUGCUUUUAUUUAUUUGCCCAUCCCAAUUUUAUGUAUUUGUUUAAUAUAUAUAUAUAUAUACAUAG